ACGCCCCUAUGAAAGCGACAGGGUUAGUAUGUGACAUGCAGGAGAGAAAAUGCCCUUCUCCACUGUAUGAUCAUACUGCUGCACAUGGUUACAGGGCUGAGCAAACAUGGAGCUCAGAGACUACUAAACCCACUGGUCCAGUCGGGGGCUAACUGGACCCUGUAUGCGCCACACCUAGCUGGGGCUCAAUGUGAGCAGUAGUUCAGCAGUGUUGUUGCCACUGCCAAGCUGAGAUGUCAAUGAGACGGACGGAAGGUGUGUCCAUUGUCCAGGCCUUGGCCAUGACUGUGGCCGAGAUACCUGUGUUUCUCUACUCCACCUUUGGGCAGUCCAUUUUCUCCCAGCUACGUCUCUCACCCAGCCUAAAGAAAGUGCUGUUUGCGACUGCGCUGGGAAGUGUGGCCCUAGCACUCACUGCCCACCAUCUAAAGAGGCGUGGUCGCAAGAGAAAACAGGUGACGGCAUCAAAGGAUGCCCAGAAAGCACCAGCAGUGCCAGAGACCUUUCUGAGAGCAGGGAGGCAGUCAUCACUUAAGAGAGGCCCGUUUCUAGGCCGACAGGUGAUGAGCCCCAGCACAAGGAGCAAUGACACUAUGAGUGGCAUUUCUUCCAUUGCCCCUAGCAAGCAUUCAAGCUCUUCUCACAGUCUGGCAUCGGUGAGUAUGCAGGUUCCUCUCUCGCCAAGUCAGUCAGGAAAUCUGACAACCCCAUGGGAAACGGAGCCAGUGGAAGAAGAGCCUGGAGCACUGGAGGAUUCCAAUGCAGAGAACCUGUAUAUCAUUGGAAUGGAGCUGUUUGAGGAGGCAUUACAGAAGUGGGAACAGGCCCUGAAAAUUCGACACAGGAGCCACUCUGGAGAGUCUGACAGCACCAGCCUUGUCCUCAAGGGGGCAGCACUCCCUGAAAAGCCAGUGACUGAGUCGAGGAACAAAGUCUUUGCAGAGAAACUGGAGACUCUUCUCCACCGGGCAUACCAUCUACAAGAAGAGUUUGGAACUACCAUCCCUCCUGACAGCCUACUGACAGACUUUGAGAGCGAAGGGACUCUCAUCCUGCCCAACGUGGAGAGUUUUAAUCAAUUAAGGGAGGAUGAUGCCUCCACUGUUACUUCUGACGACUCUUUCUUUUCUGCAGCUGAGUUGUUUGACGCUUUCUCUCUGGAGGAUACGUUCCAGCCGCUGAGGCCAGCGGCUCUGUAUGAAGAAGCGCUGGCGCUGGUGAGAGAUGGGAACGUGGCCUGCAGAUCUUUCAGGACAGAGCUCCUGGAGUGCUAUGGUGAUGAGGACUUCCUGGCAAAACUGCACUGUGUGAGACAGGCCUUUCAGGUGCUCUUGCUUGAUGAAACUCAUCGAGUGUUCUUCAGCGAAACGGGGAAACAGAUGAUCACAGGGCUUAUGACCAAGGCCAACAAGAGCCCAAAGGCAUUUUUGGAGAGCUAUGAAGACAUGCUCCGCUACACUCAGCGAGAAGAGACGUGGGGCUCUACAAAAAUGGAGCUGGAGGGGCGAGGCGUGGUAUGCAUGAACUUCUUUGACAUUGUGCUGGACUUCAUUCUAAUGGAUGCUUUUGAGGACCUGGAAAGCCCGCCGUCCUCCGUGGUGGCUGUGCUCAGGAACCGCUGGCUCUCCGACAGCUUCAAAGAGACGGCACUAGCAACUGCGUGCUGGUCUGUUUUGAAGGCCAAGAGACGACUUCUCAUGGUUCCAGAUGGCUUCAUAUCACACUUCUAUGCCAUUUCUGAGCAUGUGAGUCCAGUUCUGGCGUUUGGGUUCCUGGGUCCCAGACAGCACCUCGGUGAGGUGUGCACCAUUUUCAAGCAACAAAUUGUACAGUACCUGAAGGACAUGUUCGACCACGAUAAGGUUCGCUUCACAAGCGCUCAGUCACUGGCGGAUGACAUUCUGAGCCUCUCUCAUCGGAGGAGUGAGAUCCUGUUGGGAUAUCUCGGCAUCAGCAGCCUCCUGGAGGCCAAUGGCUCCCUGCCUGUCGGGAAUGGUGGAUCUGCAGAUCAUCAGUGAGAUGGCCUGGACUAGACUUGCAGGACAGAACUGAGACACUCACAUUCAGUAUGUUUCCAUCUGUCCUCAUCCUGGGGUAAUCAUUUUUAAAACUUUCUGUGUCGUGUUGGAGAUCCUCUUGCUAUUGCGGCCCUCUUUCAUCACUGCAAAAACACUGAGAGAGACAGCCUUUUCAUAAAACUUAGGGAAUAAAACAUUUUUGACCCUGCAUUGGCCAAAUGAAAACUUGCAAUGUGGUCUGGAUGUUACGUAAUGAAAGACUUGCAGUGUAUCCAUCAAGUCCAUGAUUACUUAAUGAUUGACUCCCAUUUAAUCCCAUCAAGAAAGUGGUUUGACUUUUUAAAAGAAGAGCUUGAUGAUUAUUGAAGAAGAGAAUAUGAAAGUUCAAUUGGUUGUAUAAUAAACGGCUUAAUGAAAUCCAUCUUUGGUCUGAAACUGGCAUAGGUGGUGAUUUCUCCUCUAAAUCCUCACGUCAAUGUGAGGUAAACAAUGUGAAAAUGCAUGGAUUUCUAGUAGUCAGACAGUGUUUAAAAAAAAAAAAAGAUCCUGCAAGCCAUAGUUAUGCUGCUAUAUUCACAGAAACAAAUGUGUGUAAAGACUGUGUUAAAAGUCAACAACAUUAUGGCCUGUAAUACAAAUUUCUGGCUGAAUAGUAACAUUCCAGUGACUGACCCCAUAGUCAACUCCAGAGAAACCUAAGGAGGAGUAGCCGCAAAGCAAGCCAGAAGUGCAGUCUACAAAAUUUCCCAUGUAUGUAGGAGCAAACGGGUUUCGACAGUCAUGGUUGAUCUUUCUUCUCAAACUGGACUAUUCUCUAUGGUAGAUUGUAAAAGGUUACAAGUGGUUUCAUAAAUUAAAAUGUAAAUCAAUAUGUGUAGGCUGUGGUUUAAAAAAAAAAAAAAAAGCUUUGUGGAAUUCAAUUUGGUUCAAGUGGUUACAAUGUGCAAAAUCUAUUCAGCUGAAUUUUCACAACAUAAAUAACGUCACUGAUUCCUAUGACAUAAUCACCCUGUCUGCUUUCACCAUAUUAGCACUUUAUAAAUAAAAAAAACUGAAAAAUGGAAUCUUGUGUAAUAGGAACUGAAUUAUUGCUCACUUAAUCAAUCAGAUAAUAUUUUUAUUAUUUAGUUUUCUUUUGUAUUGGUCAGUUUUUACAUUGGAAGUUGGAAGUGUCCUCUGGAAAUAUUUAAUAAGGAAACUAUUGCAUAUUUAUGGAGAAAUUAAUGAACCGUAAUGGGAGCGAUUGUGGUUUUAUGGGAAUGUCAUCGAAAAGGUUAAUGAAUUAUUAUGAAUGAACUGUGCACUCAAGUAUUUGGUAGAAUAAUUCAUUAUAUGUUGUAAUUUCAUGUUUAUGUUAUUGCUACAGCUGUAAGGGGGGGUGUCCCCAUGAGCUUGCAGUUGUCAUAUUUUAGAAAUUCAGUAUGUGGUGCAAUAUCAAAAUGAAGCAAGGUUGCUUAAAGAAUUACUUGCUUUACAAUACAGUUGGCUGUAUUUUCCAGUCAGCAUAAAUGUUAGAUUGAAGAAAUAAAAGGAAAGGCAAAUGAAAACUAUAUUAAAGAUACCCACUGUAAUCAUUCUAAAUAAUCUUUGCAUGUGUACAUGUAGUCCGUUGAUCCAUUCAAGAAUAUUUUCUAAUACAGGAUAACUCAUUUACAAUACUGUACUCAUUUUUUCAAUGUUGGUAACCAAUGGAAGUUUGAUUUGUUGAUACACUGAACUUGUGGCCUAGUCCAUGCUUCAAUAUUAAAUAUAUAAAUGGUCAUGAUCUCUCCUUACAAGUAGACAUAAUGACAAAUGUCAACUGCACAUGUAUUGGUCUAUCACCAAUUGGCUUUAAUAUGUUAGAAUAGAUGAAUUUGUGCAGAUAUUAAUAGAAUUUGCAUAGAUUUAUGCACUGAUUUCAGAAUCCAGGUCUUUGUACCUUUUUAACUGUAUGUAAACAUCCUUUUCUGGGAAUUUAGUUCAUUACAUACAUACACAGUUAGUUCAUUCAUUAAUAUGUUAUUUAUUUGUUAAAGUGUCACUUUUGGGUGUGCCUUUGAGAUUUUACAGCACCCUGGCAUUUGUGAGGUGCAGGAGUGUUAUAUAUAUAUAUAAUUUUGAGACAUUUUAAAGUGCUCAACCUUAGGCCUUUUCCCUCAUCGCAGCUGAAAAAAAAUAAUUAAUCCCUUGAAAUUUCUGAGACAAGCUUGACUUUUUCUGGUGGCCAAUGUAAUUACUGUAUAUUGUUGAUGAAGCUCUGAAGUAUGACUGCACAUUUAGGUUUGCUAUCCAUGCCUUUAUUUUAUAAACGUGUAAUGCCAGCAAGAAUUGUGUCAUUUAAACCAUUGUGAAUAUUUGUUUUUCAUACUCAAUCUGUAUUUCUUUUGCCUUUUGUCAAGUGAGCAUGAAUGAGAUGACUUGUAAUUCAAUGUUUGUUGUAUGUUUUCUUUUCCUAAUUUUUCAAAGAGUAAUUACACUUCCACCAAGAAAAUACUGCAUUGUGUAGCAGAAAUACUUUGCUGCAUAGUUUUGUCUUGUGGACCACCUUGUUAAAAUCAAAGUAAGGGUGGGUGCUGUCUUUAUGCAGUAAACUACAAUUACCUCAAGUAAAGCUUUAUUAUUUUUGAAUCUAAUUCAAACUUCAGAUUUAGAUUUUCUGGUGGCAUAUUUACAAAAAUAAAAAAUAAAAUAAAAAAAUAAAACAUUGUUGCUAGUAGUAACUUGUCAGGACAAUUCAUACAUUUUUAUCCUCAGGAACAAGAGGGUUGUCCAUUAUGGAUCGCUAUUUAUUAGUAUGAUUGCCAAAGGCAAUAAUACUGCUUCUAAUGCCUAGACCAUGUAUGUUGAUUUUUAAAUUUCAAGUGACCGCAUUGUCACGCUAUAAAAAUUUCUUUCUGUGAAAACCAUUGGAGUCUGAGCUGACUGUCUACUUCAGUUUGUAAUCAGGGCCUUGGACGCAUCACCAUUUCAGGAUGUUUCUUUGAUCAUUAAAUCAUUACUAAAAUGACCAGACCUACUGUUGUAAAACUAACUUAUGUUUUAAAGUACAGUACAGAACCUAGAAACACUGUUUGCUUGUACUUAAUUUACAUACUGUUGUUUCUCAUGGUACUAUAGCUUGAAUAGGAGGAUGGAAUUAAUUAUGUAGUACUUACUAAUGUGCCAUCUAAACAUUCAUAAAUGCUUAUGUAAAUAAUUGUAAGUGGUCAUACUUUGAGUUAUAUCACCAUUGAUACAGCAAGUGAUAUCACAAUUGUAUUGCAAGUGAGGGACAGGAUACAUAUUGUCUUAUGAGAGACCAUUCAUAGAAAUGCUGUUUUUGCCACAAAUAAUAUUUAAUAAGUGAUACAUUUAAAGUGUUAAAAGUAUGAAGAGUAAACCUCUGUGAUAAAAUAAAUUGACCAAAAGAUGAUUAAGCAGCACUUAAAAUGGUAGUUACUAGUUUCUGUCAUACUUACUCCACCAAAGCAAUGGCAGCAUUUUCAUUUUACCACAAGAUCGAGAAACGGUAGGGGAUGCAUUGAAAUAAUCUCUGGUUCCAAACAGUUUGUGUUUUGGAUUUUAUGUAUUUUUAAUCUUGGCCAAAAGCUUUCUCCAAAUUACUGGGCCAUGUAUUUUUCAAUUUCCUCUUAAUCCAACUUCAUGAAAGGCUGCAAUCUUGAAAUAACAUGUUACUGACAUAUAUCAUUGUUAUAGGAUUGAUAUGAGUUUAAUUCAAGUUGCUUGGUAAUGCCUGCAAAUAGUUUACUCUGAAUAUCACUGCAUGAUUUAGCUAAAGCCUUGCAAGUACUGUAUGAUACAAGAGCAUACAUUUCAUUCUUAGAUUUCAUAAUGACAUAGACAAUUGCAAAUAUGUCAAUGAAAAGGUUAAACUGAAUUACAAGAAACAUGGUGGGUGCAUGUAAAUUUUAAUAUAUAAAACUUUUAUUUGGCCAACCACAGAACACUAAACAAUUUACAGAAAGCCUUGAUUAGAUUAAAUAAAUUCUCACCUGACUGAACUGUUUGACUCAGGCUGGUACAAAACAUAAUUCCUUAAACUGAGUAGGUGUGUAUAUAUGCCAUGUUCAGGCUGUUGAUGCUCAUUUUUUGUCUUUCUGUUUUGGCAUUUCUGGAAAAUGUCUUCGGCAGAAAGGCACAUAAAUCCUGCCUUCGUGUGAAUUCAUCUUAGUAACUUGUGCAUUUUGUCAAAGCUGUUGUUUAUGAAUUGCCCAAUUGAUUUAUUUCCUUUGUGUAUUUGUCAGUGUGUUAAAAGUAUUCCUCUGUACUGUAGCUAUAUGUCGCUGUUUUCCAUGUGUGCCAGACAGGUGAAAUGCCAUAUGGGCUGGGUAAUACUGUCACCUGAAUGGUGCAGUUAAAUAACCUUGUCCUAUUACAAAAGGAAACUUGUGAAAUGUUCCCGAUUUGAUUAAAUAAAAUCCAUAAUUUAUAGCA